UCAUGUCCGAGUUGAGUGAGAUUCUCCGUGGGCAUAUUCCCUUCCCGCUGCUUUUCCUCCCUUCCGAUCCCCAGAAAAAGGGGGGAAAUGCUCUGCUCUCUCGCUCUCUCUCCUCGUCGCGGUCUCCAUCAGGUCUCCCCGAAAGUCAGGCGCUCCUUCUCGAGCCUCCUUUUCCCGAGAAGAUCCGCACUCAUUUCUCCAUCAACUCCGCACCGAAUCUCACUCCGCGAGCCCCUCGCGUGACCCGGCCGGAGGCCGCACUCGACCACGGAUUCUGCGGCGAUGGAGCUCCUGAGACCUUGCCACCCCCACCACGGCCUCGCCGGAGACCCCCUCAGCCGGUUCCCGUCGCCGGAGAGCUUCGGGCUCGGGUUUGACCUGUCAACGAGCUCCGCUCACUCGUCGGAGAUGGCCGCCGGAGGCGAGAAGGUGUACGUGGCGGUCGGCAAGUCGGUGGAGAAGGCGAUCGGCUUGAUACAGUGGAGUGUGGAGCGAUUCUCCGGUGUGGAGAUUUGUGUUGUCCAUGUUCAUCAGCCUUCGCCGGUGAUUCCGACUCUAUUAGGAAAAUUGCCUGCCAGUCAAGCUAGCAUCGAGGUCGUUUCAGCUUAUAGAAGGGAGGAGAAAGAGCAGACAAGGAAACUCUUGCGACAUUACUUGACCUUCUGCUGUACUUCUAAGAGCUUUCAACCAUGUACGGUCUUUUCUUCUUUGAAUUGCAAAAUGUGUUGCAACUACAUUCUUCCAUUGGUGAAAGCCAGUGUUCUCAGCACUGAAGCAGAGCAGGUCCAAAAGGGCAUUGUUGAGAUGGUUGUCAAAUAUGGCAUUAGGAGGCUUGUUAUGGGGGCUGUACCAGAAAAUUGUAUGAAGGUUAAAAAGAGCUCCAGUAAAGCGAAUUAUGCUGCAAAACAUGCACCUGCUUUCUGUGAGAUAUCAUUUGUCAACAAGGGUAAACGCAUAUGGACUAGAGAUGCCUUUGAAGGCCCCAUUCCCUUGGACUCAUUAAGUAAACCACAAACAUCUGCAGGAGCAAGUAUGAGACUGCCACUAUCGGCGAUCCGAGAAAGUUCUACGUCCACAUCUAGUUUGAGCGGUAGUUGCAGCAAAGUUACAGGCUGGCUUCAAGAUGAAUCAGUUUCUCCACGAGUGGCUUUAACUGGUUCUCCCAACAGAUACCUUCCCCAACAUUCCAGCAGUUUGUUUAGUUCUACAAGUGCUAGUAGUUGCUCCGGACGUACCUAUUCUGAAAGAAGGGUUUCUUUAGAUUCCGACAUGAAGGUCAACGAAGAGAUUUUGCAUAGUCAUUUUACAGAAACUUGGAUGCAAGUUGAGGCAAUUAAGAAGGAAGCACUUCAGGAGUUAAUGACGCGCAAAAAGUUGGAAGCAGAAGCUGUCGAAGUAAUCAGCAAGGUGAAAGUAAUUGAGUCUGCAUAUGCACAUGAAGCUAAACUUAGAAAUGAAGCUGAGGAUGCAUUAAGAACUGCAGUGCAGAAGCAAGAGAAGCUCUUGGAAGAAAGAGAAGAGAUAGUUAGAAAGCUACAGAAGACCAUGAGAAAUGUUGCUCUUCUAGACAGUCGUGCUCAAGAAGCUAGCCGUAGGCGUGAUGAAGCAGCUGGAGAGUUACAUGUCAUUCAAGCAUCUAUUGCUACCCUUAGGCAGGAAAAGCAGCAGAUUCAGAGACACAAAGCGGAAGCUGUCAGUUGGCUUGAACGGUGGAAAGGGCAUCGGAGAGCUGGAGCUGCAAGAUGUACUGGGUUUUUUGGUGGUCUUAAUGAAGAUAUACCCGGUUUUGCUGAAUUUUCAUUAUCAGAAGUCCAAUCUGCGACAUGUGACUUCUCUGAAAGUUUCAAAAUUGGGCAGAGUGGACAUGGUUGUGUAUACAAGGGGGAAAUGCUAGGUAGAACUGUUGCAAUUAAAAAGCUGCAUUCUCAUAACAUGCAAGGGCAAUUUGAGUUUCAAAGAGAGGUUCAAGUUCUUAGUAAACUACAGCAUCCGCGUCUGGUUACCUUGCUUGGUGCAUGCCCAGAAGCCUGGUCUCUCGUAUAUGAGUACCUCCCUAAUGGAAGCCUCCAAGAUUGCCUUUUCCGGAAAGGCAAUAGUUCCCCCUUAAUAUGGGAUGCUCGAGUUCGAAUCAUUGCUGAGAUUUCAAGUGCUCUUUGCUUCUUGCACUCCUCGAAACCUGAAAGGAUUGUUCAUGGUGAUCUCAAACCUGAAAACGUCCUUCUUGAUUCUGAUCUUAGCUGCAAGAUAUGUGAUUUCGGGAUUUCUAGGCUUGUAGCCGAGGACACUCUUCGCUGCCCAAGUUUCCGCCGAAUCACAGAGCCAAAGCGUGCUUUUCCUUAUACAGAUCCUGAGUUCUACAGGGAUGGAAACUUGACGCCCAAAUCUGACGUUUACUCUUUCGGUCUGAUCAUCCUACAGUUACUCACUGGUAGACCACCUACUGGGUUAGUCAGUGAGGUGCGUAAAGCAGUGUCAUUCAACAAAUUGGAGUUGGUUUUGGAUCAAUCAGCUGGACAAUGGCCGACGUUUGUAGCACAGCGAUUAGUGGACCUGGGUCUUCAAUGCUGUGAUUCUAAUGGUAGGAAUCGGCCCAAAUUAACACCUACAUUUGUGAGGGAAUUGGAGCAGCUGCAUAUCUCUGAAGAGCGAACAGUGCCCUCAUUUUUCUUGUGCCCCAUCCUUCAGGAAAUAAUGCAUGACCCUCAGAUUGCAGCGGAUGGUUUCACUUAUGAAGGAGAAGCGUUGCUUGAAUGGUUGGAGAGUGGCCACGAUACAUCGCCAAUGACCAACUUGAAGCUUAGUCAUUUGCAUCUUACUCCCAACCACGCAUUACGGUCAGCAAUUCAAGACUGGCUCUGCAAUCCCUGAGCUUUGAUUAGAGCGUCACCUAUGUAUGUAUGUAUUCUGUAACUAUACAGAGGACCGUAUCUAUGGAGCCUGAAGCGUCUUUGCCUUGCAUGCAUGUAAUUUAAGUUGUGAUUCAUUAUUCCCUUGCACUCCCUACGUCUAAUAAUGAAUCGUCACUUUUUUUCCACGUGAAUUAACUUGUAGAAUGAACAUCCGGUAAAUUAUAUGCAUCAAAUAUUGCAGUCUGCAUUGAUAA